AUGGCCCCCCUGGCUCACACCCUGGCACUGCUGGCAAUGACCGUGGCCACUGCGGCCAUCACAAUGGUGACCCUGGACAUGGCCCAGAACUCCUUUGAUGACCAGUACCUCAACUGUAGCCCUGCCAUGACUGAGGCCUUGCUGGCCCUCAACAUUUCCGAGUUCCAGGAGAACAAGAAGUUUUCCCAGGCCUGGGUGAAGGCCACGGCCGAGUGGCAGAAGCGGGGCUUCUCUUCAUCCCCUCUGUCUCCAGCCCAGGCCAUCGCCCUCAUGGCCUACAAAAUGAAGGAUGUGUAUAGGGAGUUCAAUGAAGCCGUGCGCACAGCUGGACGCUCCUGCCAGGAAUACCGGUACAACUUCCACUUCAAAACGCUGCAUUUCCUGCUAACCCAGGCCCUCCAGAGGCUGAGAUGCCCUAAUAAAUGUCUGGAUGUGUUCCGUGGGGUGAGGACAGUCCAGUUCAAUGUGACACCUGGUGAGAAAGUCCGCCUCAGUCAAUUCACUUUUUCGUCGCUGGACAAAACGGUGGCCCAGCGUUAUGGGACAGACACAAUGUUUGAGGUGCACACAUGCCACGGUGCCGACAUCCAGAAAUUUUCCUUCAAUCAAAGCGAGAAGGAGGUGCUGAUCCCACCUUUCGAGACCUUUACGGUCACCAAAGUCACCAGGGAAGGGAAGAAGGUGCAUAUUGAGCUUCGCUCCACCGGGAACUCCAGCAACUACAACUGCGAGUGGCUGCGAGGUGGGAGCCUCCCCAGGAACUCCCCCCACCUUGGGGGUCUUCUCCUGGCCACCGUGGCCAUGGCAGUGGCCAUUGGAACCCUCUAA